AUGUGUCGCUCUGUUAUAAGUAAUAAAUUUUCAGGAACGGUUACUCUUGCUUCAUUUCCAGAUGAUAUUCUUUACAUCAUCGGCAAAGAUUUGGACUUUCUUUCAAUUCUAGCACUUCGCUCAACGUGCAGGAUGAUUUACCUAUCAUUCUCCAAUGAGGUUACAUUUUCUCACGUGUCUAUUCCAUCAAUUUCACAUGAUCAAUUCGUCAAAAUAUUUUCUCAUCUUAAAUCAACCAAUAAACUCUCAUUUAUUCGUAAAUUCACAUUUAACGAUCCGCAAAUCAAAUCUGAAGACGUGAUUUCCAUAUUAGAAAAUUGUGAAAAUCUUCAGUAUUUAUAUAUUUUAGGUUGUAAAGAAGUUAAAUUAUUACCAAUAACGACUGCUAUGAAGAAUUGGUAUCAAGAAGCAGAGUUUUGUGAAAAAGAUGGUGUACUCUCAUCAAAAAAGAGAAAAUUACAAAAAUUAAAAAAAAUUGUGAUGACGAGAUGUAUUGGUGGAAAAAGGCAUUCAUUGUUGAUAAAAAAAGUUUUAGAGAAUAUACAACUUUUAAAAUAUCACCAACAACAACACGAAGAAUUUUGUAAUGUUAAACGAUAUAUGAGAAGUAUCAAUCUGUGUCAUGGAAAUCAAAAUAACGCGCACUAUGUCUUGCAACAUGUUGGUACAAAUAAUUCUUUCACAAAUCCAGUAAUUUGUAGUAAAAAAGAUGAUACAAACGAUGGAAUAUUUCAGUUUCGGUCAUGCUCUGAUCCUUCAUGCGAACCUUGUACUUUGAAAUGUGUCGGUUGUGGUACAAAAUAUAAAUAUUGGGAUGAAUUUUGGAUAAAAUGUGGUUGGUGUAAAGAAAGACAUUUUUGUGGCAAUUGUGUAAUGGAUGCCUCAAGAAAAAAUGUUUUCAAAACUUAUACAUUCCAAUUUAUGAAGAUAAAACUGUGUCAAUUAUUUGAUUUACCUUGUCUCUAA